UGAAAGUGGCGAAGAAGAGGAAACGGCUGUGGCUCUGCUGGACCUUGGACCAUACUUAUGUUAUUAUUCAUUUGUAUUAGGCGGUGCUAAUUAACAUUACCGACAGAGGCGAAGCAAAGCAAGAGUGACACAAUGGCAACAGAGGGGGAGCCCGCGGACUUGGUCAAAGUGCUACACCUUCUGAUGCUCUCUUUCUCCUGGGGAAUGCAGGUCUGGGUCUCCUUCAUAGCAGGUUUUGCAUUGGUGUGGCAGGUGAGUCUGCACACCUUUGGCCUGGUGCAGAGUAAGCUCUUCCCUGUGUACUUCUACUGUCUGCUGGGUAGCAACGCCGUCAGCCUGGCAGUCUACGCCGUGUACCACCCCAGGGAGCUGCUGGACUGGCAGGAAAGCGUGCAGAUGGUUCUGUACUUUGUGGCGCUGGUCAUGGUGGGUCUGAACGCCCAGUGGUUCGGUCCGGCGUCCACCGCGGUGAUGUUCCAGAUGAGGGAGGUGGAGAAGGAGCAUGACCUGGGGGACCAGAUUGGCCUGGGCAGCCAGAAGGAGGAGUACGCUAAACUCAGAGAGCAGGACCCCAAGUACAGGGCCUACAAGCGCACGUUUGGCCGCUACCACGGCUUGUCCAACCUCUGCAACCUGAUUGGGUUCAUCUGCACCACAACUAAUCUGAUCUACACAGCUCUGAAUUUAUCCACCAUUUAGAGAAGGGAUGGGUUUCAAUCCAGCGUAUGUGGACUUGAGAUAAAAACGCCCUCUGCAAAUAAAAGUGUAAGUUGCGUCAUGUAAAUGGAAUUAUACAGAGUUUUGCUUCUCUGCUGCAACAGAGUCUUUAUGAGGGACAAUGCCUUCAUUGAUGUUGGGAAGAAAAAAAAAACAAUGCUGACAGAAAAUGCUGAUAUAAAGAAGUAAACAGCAUUUCUGUUUACUUCUAUCCGUCAGCACUUUUCAUCGAGUCAAUCAGUAACUAGGCUGUCUCAAAAUAUAUGAUUUUUUCUAUUUGUUUUUUACGUUUGAUUAUAUUGCUCAUGAUCACACCCCCUAUUAAGAACAAAAUUGCUUUUAAAAACACAGUAAAAUGUAAUCACCAAACCUCACGUACCGUUCGGGCAAUUUACUUGCAUUCCCAGCAGGGGGCGAUGUUUGGAUGCAGGUGUAUUCAGAGAAAGGUUUGUUGCUGAGCACAUCAUAGAUGAAUGCAUUUUGAAUUAGUAAGAUAUUGUGUUUCGAGAUAUUUUCAUGAAAAUAAAUGUUCAACUUAUUAACUCUUGUAACAGCGUGCUAUUCUUUCAUUUGCAUCGGCUAUUAUUUCAUACAAUUUGUCACAGCAGGUUCGUCUUGCCAUGAUCGUUCUGCUCUGAAAACCAAACUUUUUUAUUUAUUGGAUUGGUUUGGACAUAAGCUGUCCUUUUAAUCCUCAUAUAUUCAUGUUGAUGAGAGUACCCAGGCCCAAAAACAGACAGCGCCUGGAUUUGGAAUAGGAAAGGUUUUAAUUUAAUUACCAGUGACGCACAUCAGGUUUUUAAGAGGACCAGCCUUGAAUGCAGAGAGCACUGCUUUUGCUGGCAAGCUCCAGGAUGAGAGAUGCACUGUCCUUGUUGCAGCUCCAACAUCAGCACUAAUGGAUUAUAAUGGAGGCAUUUCAAUAUAAAAAAGCAGGGCCUGAAAGUAAAGGGUCGAGGUUUCCCCUAAUGCUUAUUCAUCUUUGUCUUUUUUUUAAGAAGGAUUCUCUAUUUGCAAUCAAUAAUCAUUUAAUUAAAUUGUUUUUCUUGCUUUCCAGUUCAUAAAGAUACAGUACGGAAUAAAUAGACAGAAUUAACUCUAACAGCAGUUUGAUCUUGCUGACAUUAUGUCACUAUUUCCUUCUGUGUGUUUGAUAAAAAACACAGAGAGAAGAUGUUUUAGGAAUAAAACUUAAUGUUUUUGUGUUUGUAAAGAUUUACGUCUUCAGUAGGAACCAAUGCCUUUUUGUCAGUUUUGGAGAAUGUACAAGGAAGUUAGUCCAAGUGUCUCAACUAUACAUUUUAAAACUCUCAGAGAGACUUUUGACCGUCCUGUCAAACUUCUUCUGCAGUGGCAUCAGGAA